AGGAAAAUAAACAAUAUCAGGAAAGGGGUGCAGGAUAAAUGUAUUUAAAAUAUUACAUGUAAGUACUGUAGAUAAAGUUGGCAGCCUUGAUCAUUUGUUUAUCAGUAAUUUGUUAGAUAUUUGUGUACAUUCAAAGUAAUGUAUAAAACACAUUUUCUUCCUCAGCCACUACGCUGACUUUAAUAAAACUUAAUAUUUAAGGUAAAGUUGUAUACAUCCAGAUCAUUUUUAAUAAUUCAAAAAAUAUUCUGUCUGUUAGGAAGCAAAGUAAAAACAGUGUUUUAAAACUUUUACACAGAUCUGUAUUCAAAUAAGUGCUACUUCCUGUUGUUGGCCAACACUUUAUGUUGAAAUGGAUUCAGAUAUUUUAGCCACGCCCUCUUUCACUUUGAAAACAAAUCAUGAUGUGGUUUCAGAGUCGAUUUCUCAGGAAACGAAACAAGAGUGUGAAACUGAACCCGCCUUCCUUCACACAAACAUGGCAGAGCCUCACGUUCCUGUCAGCAUAAACCGGCUCUGCUGUCGGAUCUGCUCAGACCUCCUGCAGGAACCCGUGACCAUCCCCUGCGGACACAACUUCUGCCUGCGAUGCAUCGACGGCUGCUGGGACGGAGUCCAGACCGGCUACAGCUGCCCUGAAUGUCAGCAGGGGUUUCCCUCCAGACCCACGCCCAUCAGAAACACAACUCUGGCGGAGGUGGUGGAAGACACGAUGAGGAGAGCGAGCGGGAAGAGAGGAGAGCAGCGUCCGGGCGGGCCGUCACCAAAGAGAGCCUGGACUGGUGCAGAAACAUCUGGCGGGACCUGGUGCUGGCGCCACACCAGACCCCUGGACGUUUACUGCUGCACAGAUGAGGUCCUCAUCUGUGCUCGGUGCGCCUCAGAGGAGCACACAGGACACAGGAUCGGUGUGGUGGGGCUGGAACGGACUCACAAACAGGUGGAGCUGAGAAAGACCCAGGGCGAGCUCAGACAGAUUCUUCAGGACCAGGAGAAGUUUGAGAACAUGGAGAACAUGUUUAAACAGAUCAGGGGGGAGGCCAGAGAAACCGAGGACCACUGUGAAAGUGUGCUAGUCCGAGUCACCGAGUGCCUUCAGCAACAUUACCUGUCAGUGAGGAAGAUGAUUGCAGCUCAGGCUGAGGAAGCCAAGGCUCGGGUUCCUACCCUCAAGACCAAGAUGGAGGAGAUGAAGAGGAUGGAUGCUGAGCUGGACCACUUGGCACAAAGUGAAAACAGUGUGCAGUUUCUGCAGAAAUGGCCCAAAGUGAGGAGCCGUUGUGGAGACCUCCUCCAGUUUUUCAACGAGGAUCCACUUUCCCCAUUUGAGGUCACCCAGAGAGCCAUUGAAAAACUCGGGAGGCAACUGGAGGAAUUCUGUGACAAACAAUUUGCUUCUAUAUUUACCGUUUCUGACGAUGAAGACGAGGAGAAAUCAGAUGUAAAAACAGAUGAAGAAGAAAGAUGUGAAGCCAGCAUCUUAAAGUCCCAUGGUCAGAAUGGAAUUAACCAAAGUUUCACUGAAAAAACAGAAGAGCCUAAAACCAGAGAAGAGUUUCUGCAGUACGCCUGCGACCUUCUUCUGGAUCCGAUGACGGCUCAUAAAGACCUGACCCUUUCAGGAGACWAAGAGGUGAUGCUGUGCCCCCAGACUGGUCCGACCCCACCCAUCCAUUCCUCACAGAGGUUCAUCCAUCGGCGGCAGAUUCUCUGCAGGGAUGGCCUGCAGGGCAGCAGGUGUUACUAUGAAGUGGAAAUAAAAGGAGACAAGGCAGAGAUCGCCCUCACUUACAAGGGAAUCGACAGAAAAUCCAGCUCUAAAACUUCAGCCUUUGGAGCAAACGCUAACUCUUGGAGUUUGGACCKCUCCACUUCUUACUCUGUGAGCCACCGAGGUGAAAGCGUCCAGCUCACAACGCGUCCCCGUAACCCGAGGGUUGGCGUUUAUCUGAAUUUUGAAACAGGAACUCUGUCUUUCUUUGAGGUGCAGCAGGGCAAAAUGGAGUUUCUUUACAGGGUGGAGGCUCGGUUCACCGAGCCACUGUACCCGGGCUUCUGGCUCGGAGACAAAUGUUGCAUCAGGAUCUGUGAUUUGAAACAAUAAAAUGAGAAGAGGAGCGUAGAAAGCUUUUACUCUCAGGGAUUCCAAGCUGUUGUUUGGUUUAAAUGAAGCCAUCUUAAUGGGACAAUAUAAUAUAUAUAUAUUUUUAUUGACGUAGGGUCUGAGGUCAGGUUAGAAGCUAUUAUCUAACCUCAGUUCAAAAAGUCUGAACUAUUGUUUCAAACAAAACCUGAGCUUUGGUUCAUUUUAUUGAGGCGUGAUAAAGGAUUUUAUUUUGUAGGAGCUCUUUCAUUGCAGCAGAAAACUUUGCACUGAUCACAUUAAUGUCACUUUUAUUUUCUUAUUUUCUGUGUUUAUGAAAUGUUUAUGCUAGUUUAAUGUUUGUUUUUGUAUCUUUUGCACCUUAAAAACAUGUCAGGAUUGUCUUGGUGACGUCUGCAGGCACACACAUGACAUUUGAGGCAAACUUACCUGAUGAGUUCUCAUAAAUACUGAACAACAUGAGGUAAAUUCACCACUUUUCCAUUUAUUUCAACUGCUUUCUGAAGCACAUUUAUUACAAAUAAAGCAUUCCUGAACACCA